AUCUCCGUAAAAGUUUAUGAUCUUAAAACUGUCGAUAUGUGACGUAAUCUGCAGACGUGUCCAGUGUGUGAUGGCACAAGCUGUUCUUGUCGCCUUGCCAGUGAAAGGAUGGCGACAAAAUGGCUGUUUGUCCUUGUCACCAUGGUUACGGUCACCGCUGUGUUCUGCUUGUACCUGACACGACAUGUCUUCCGCGUGGAGACGGUCCGACCCAAGGCCAGGGCAAGAUGGAUUCCAGCGUACGCUAAACGUCAGGGAAGACAAGAUGGCUACAGAGACAACCAAACAACAACAGCAACAAUAUCAUAUGUUAAACAGCAAGAAAGACAAGAUGGCUAUAGAAACAACCAAACAUCAACAAGAAUAACAACAGAUGCACCAUCCCUCAGUAGCACGUCCAGACGGCUGCUAUGUAGUCUCCAGACCGCAGCCAGGUUCCGCACGCUACCAACAGACGAGUCGCCAUGGAAACAGCUGGGGUACCGGGACAUCGAGGCCCGGCCGGGGCUCCUGCAGCUGUAUCCAGGUGGUUUUCACACCUGCGCAGCUGUGAUGAAUGCUGGAGCCAUGCUGGGCUCUCAGCGAGGGAAAGACAUAGAUUCCCAUGAUGCAGUGCUGAGGUACAACAAUGCCCCCACAAGGCGUUACGAGUCAGACGUCGGUACCAAGACCACCCUGCGUCUCAUGAACUCACAGAUAGUCGUCAAGCACUCUGAGUACCACUGGUUCACUGACCCCCGGUACCGUAACAUCACCAUGGUACUCUGGGACCCCAUGUCGUAUGGUGGUACCAUGAUGGAGUGGUAUAAGAAGCCAGAUUUUGACCUGUUUCCCGCGUACGAAAAGCGUAGACGCGAAUCUCCGUGGGAACACGUGUACAUCAUGGACCCACGCUACCUGUGGGAAUUGUGGGAAGUUCUACACCGCAACACCAGAGAGAAGAUCGUCAGGAAUGUACCAUCCUCUGGAUUCAUGGGUAUCCACCUCCUGCUGUCCCUAUGUGACACAGUAGAUGUGUAUGAGUACGUUCCCUCUAUGAGGGAGACCAAACGCUGCCACUACUAUGAGAACAACAUGGACAUUGCCUGUACGUAUGGUGCGUAUCACCCCCUCCGAGCAGAAAAACAACUCAUAAAGAAAUUAAACAUCGGUCCUGAGGAAGACGUCAGGAAGAAAGGGAAAAUUACAUUACCUGGUUUUAGAACUGUUCAGUGCUAGAAAUGAAUACUGUACAAUCAAGUAGUCAAGACAUUGAAGUGUAUGAACUCUUUAUCCUAAAUGUCAUGU